AUGGCCGAUCACCAGCCCACAGGAAAUGGCGCCUAUCAAAUCCAAUUGUUUCAUCCCGAGCUAAAACACCUCCCCUCGUCAAUCUCAUCACUUCUCUCGUCCUACUCUGGCAUCCCAGUUGAACAGCAGAAAGAACACAUCACUUCCGUCCGAAAUCGUGCCUACAAGUCAUACCCGUAUCCUUGCCUGGGGAGGUGGCGAUUCCUGGAUCUCGAUCUAGCCAGCCAUCCACUCUACCAUAGCCAUAUCCUCCCGAUGCUCAAGGGGGAAACGGCAGCCGAAGUCGAUGGUGCCGACAGGGCCGCUUGGAUCUUUCUCGACCUCGGGUGUUGUCUCGGCCAAGAUGUCAGGAAAUUACUCUUCGACGGAGCAGACCCUGCGAGGAUCUAUGGUGCCGAUCUGCGGCCCGAGUUCAUCGACAUGGGUUACGAGCUCUUUAGGGACGAGAACACGUUUCCGAGGACCGAACACUUCAUCGCGCCGGCCGAUGUCUUCGACUUCUCAACAGACAGCGAACUGAGCAAGAAAUGUGACGGCCAGGUGCGCAUCUUACAUUCAACUGCGGUGUUCCACCUGUUCAAUUGGGAGGAACAGGUGACGAUGGCGAGACGGUGUCUCCAGCUGUUGACUUCGAAGACCGGGAGAGCCCUGAUAUGCGGCGGCCAAGUAGGCAACCUCGACGCUGGGGAGUUUGCGCGACGCAGGAGGGAAGGAACACGAUUCAGACACAAUGAGGAGAGUUGGAAGAGAUUGUGGGAAGAGGUUGUUCAGAUGGACAGGGGGGUUCGUAAUAUCAAAGCACUCGAGGUGCAUUCCAUCAUGGAGGAGCGGAACACCGAUCGGUUCAGGCAAGACUUGGAGGCCCUCCAGUCACAGGAUGGUGGGAUCAACGCCCAGGGCAGCAACACGGAUCAAAGACAGAUAGGCAGCAUAGAGGAGGGGUUCCGGUGGAUGAAGUGGUGGGUCUGGAUUGAUUUCGCGUGA